AUGCAAUUAGCAAACUCCAGCCACCCAGCUUCCAUUCCAACUCUUUGCAACAACAUGUCUGAAAGGGUUUAUCUAGCUUCAUUUCUCAUUGUCACCAGCUUCCUCUCCACCAUCAGCCAUUUCUAUAUGCUUGCCGAAGCCGGCGCCUUCCCAGAUGAUGACAUCUUCGCCUUAGACAUUGUGUCAAAAAUCCGCACAGACCGCAACUCAACCAUGAAGGCCUCUAUGGACUUUGGCCACAUUGUGGAAGCUAUCCCAAACGGGGUACUCCAUCCGACCUCACCCAACGACAUUGCCGCCCUAAUCCUGCUCUCACUCCCCCAGCCAAAGCCCUUCACAGUGGCGCCACGCGUGCAAGGGCACUCAGCUCGAGGGCAAGCCCUCGCCCCAGGCGUCGUCGUCGUCGACAUGCGCUCGCUCGGCCAUGAUCACCGUGUUGAUGGUCGCUGCCGCAUGAAUGUGUCCACCCACGAGCUGUGGGUGGACGUCGGCGGCGAGCAGCUAUGGUUCGACGUCCUCCACACUACGCUCGAGCACGGCCUCGCGCCACGCGUGUAG